AUGGCUUCAUUAUCAAUUUUCUCGGCGAUUUUCAUUAUUUUAAGCUUGGCAGUAUGUUCAUCAUCAAAAGUCACAACAUUUUAUCCAACAGUACCAACAACAACAAAAUUCCCAUCAAUUUCUGUUCUUUCAAAUUAUUCCAAUGAAUUAACCAAGAACAGUCCUAAAGUUCCCGGCGCAACAGAAUAUUAUCACACAAUAAAUAUUAUUGUAAAAAAAUCAGGUCUCUAUACAUUUACAAGUCAAAGUAAUUUGAAUACAUUUGGUGUUCUUUUUAUGGAUCGAUUUGAUCCUUUAAAUAUCGGUCUAUAUUUAAUUUCAUCGGUAAAUUUAUUUGACGACAACCAUCAAUUCAAAUUAUCCCAUAAUCUUAAAGAAGAAGUAGAAGAAGAGAAGGCCGUGGACACAUUAUUUGGAGAACGGUCAAGUCACUCAAUAAGAAACCAUUUGGUUUUAGUAUGA